AUGCGCCUCUUGGAGGUCAUCCGUCAAACACCUCAGAAUGAGGACUCUCAAGCCAGGUCAGAAGUAGAGAAGAACUUUCAGACUGCAAAGAAGACAUCUCUGACAGGAUGUGAGGUCUUUCUCAGACCCGUGGUGUAUCUCAAGAAAUAUCCAUUGCCUAAGAACGUUGCAAACAUCAAAGACAUAGAUAUUUGCUUUGAAUUUAAACUCAGCUUUCCAAAAGAAUACAACGUAGGCAUGAGGUGCAGUGUUGUGUUUUCACUUCAAAGAAUACCACUACGUAUGCAACACAGAGCAGCAGCACUAGCGCGCAAGCAUUUACUAAGGGACUUACUCUUCCCUGUUGGGCUAUGUUCUGCAUACAAUUCAUGCCUUGCACCUGUAAUCCCAAAAUGCACCAGGUCAGUAUGUAAUAAAGUUAACACUACCUUGAAAAACCCAGAGCAACAAAAGGCUAUUAAACACAUUUUAGCCCGUUCUGCAAAACCUGCCCCUUACCUCAUAUUUGGUCCACCUGGCACAGGCAAAACAGUAACUUUGGUUGAAGUCAUCAAGCAGAUUGUGUCAACUCAAGACUCCAAAAUCCUGGUUUGUGCACCCUCCAACAGCGCAACAGACUACCUCUGUGAGAAGAUCCUGGAAGAAAACAUUGUACCCCACAAAGUGUUUCGCCUUUACUCCAUAAGCUACAAAGUGGAAAAGAUCCCUCAACAUGUGAAGAUGCACUGUAGCUUUAAUGUUGCAACAAACUCUUUUGAGAUACCGACCAAAGGGGAGCUGAUGACAUACCAGAUCAUGGUCACCACCCUUCAAACUGCUGGAAGGCUGGUGACAGGUGGCAUUCCUCCAGACCAUUACAGUUACAUCAUUGUGGAUGAAGCAGGCCAGGCUAUAGAAACAGAGUGUUUAAUUCCAAUAGCUGGAUUGCUGAAACCACAUAGUGGCCAAGUGGUUCUGGCAGGUGACCCGAAACAGUUGGGACCUAUUAUUUUAUCAAAGAUAGCAGAGAGAAACGGCUUGGGUGUGUCCAUGCUGGAGAGACUAAUGACGGAUAUCAGACUGUACAAACAACACAAGAUCAACGGCUUCAACAGUCGCUAUAUGACUAAACUGCUGAGGAACUAUAGGUCUCAUCCUGCAAUUCUGAAAAUACCCAAUGAGUUGUUCUAUGACUCCGAACUCCAGUUUUGCAGUUCCCUUGAGGAUUGUUUAUAUAGUAACUGGGAACUUCUGCCAAGGAAGGAUUUUCCUCUAAUGUUCCAUGGGGUUGCAGGCAUGAAAGAACAAGACCUCAACAGCCCAUCUGUUUACAAUAUGGCUGAAGUGGAUGUAUUGAAGGAAUACUUAAAAUCCCUAAUCAAAUAUCGCCGCAGAAAUGGUCUAGACAAAAUUGGACCAAAGGAAAUUGGUAUUGUUACUCCAUACACAAAACAAGUGGAGAAGAUUAAUGCAGCCUUUCACAAAGACAAGGAUCUAGUCAAAGAGGACUUGGAGAAUGUCCUGGUUGGCACAGUUGAGAUCUUUCAGGGUAAAGAGUCAGAUGUAAUCCUGAUGUCCACGGUGCGCAGCAAUCCCGGCCUGACUGCACCUAAUCAACAUUUCAGCUUGGGCUUUGUAAAGGAUGAGAAGAGAUUCAACGUGGCAAUGACGCGAGCCAGAAGCCUGCUGGUUGUGGUUGGAGACCCCAGAGUUCUGGAAAUAGAUCCAGUGUGGAACAAGCUUAUCCAUUACUGUUUAAGAGAAAGAGCAUACCGUGGCAUCAAUAUUUAUGAUCUGAAGGCAGGCACAGAGGUCGCUUACCCCUCGUCAAGCUCCGGGUAA